CGAAAGAGAAAUUGGCUGUAUGCACUGCUAGGGUUCUUUCAGCGCAUCCAGACUGAAUGCUAUACGCAAGAUUUGGAAGAUGCGAUCAGAAUCCACAUCCUGAGGACGACGCAAUCAAACUGCGGCAUGACCUGUGAAGAAGCUAGGAUGGUCGCCGAUGUAGUGCUCAUGUCAUCAUCUUCUAGUACGUCGUCAUGCUUCUUGAGUAUGAAUAGUAUACCUAGCGCUUUCGAUACACCUUCAGUAGAACCAUCUUCGUUGUUGGCAGCAGAAGACUUAGGUCCCUCCUGCAACAGCUCUAGUUCCAAACAACAGCGUUUGUCGCCUGGAACUGGUACCACAACCGCAGAUGAAGAAGACAGUAGACCUCAUCAGUCGACGAGAAACAACAAGCACGAUAGCAGGACAAUACUAAAGGG